AUGGGCUCCGCGGCGGAGCUGCCGCCGCCGCCGCCCGGGGAGUGCGAGCGGGACGCGGGGGCGGCGGCCGCCCGGCUCCGGCGGCGCCCGGAGGAGCAGGUCCAGCAUGAACAAAGAAACCACACCGCAGAACCUGUAAUAGAUGAUUAUAAAAAGAUGGGGACUCUCUUUGGCGAAUUAAACAAAAGCCUCCUCAGAAUAGGCUUCACAAGGAUGUAUUUUGGAGAACGGAUAGUAGAACCUGUAAUAAUUAUGUUCUUCUGGCUUAUGCUCUGGUUUCUUGGCUUACAAGCUCUUGGACUAGUUGCUGUGCUGUGCCUUGUCAUUAUUUAUGUGCAACAGUAACAUUUUAUAGAUGCCUGUUGGAGUAGGUAUUACAAUGCUGUCACCAUUUGAGUGGAUUUGUAUGUUUUACUUAAAUGGGUGCUUUGAAUGCUUCAAAUUGUAUCUUGCUGAACUUUCAAGAUUUGGAGUGAGAGGGACUAAAAUUAUAUAUUUUAGGCAAAGUCAGCAGGCCUACUACAUCUUUGAAGGGUGAAAAAAAAUGUUUGUAAUACAACAUUGUCCAAAGUAACGUGCUGUUUCCUGCACCCUUGGGGGCAUAGUCCAAGGAUUGUCUAUUUUUUUUCCCCCUCUCCAAAUGUUCUCAUUUUGUACAGUGCAAACUGUCUGGUUUAAAGUGGACACUUGAUGGAAGAAUCUUUGCUUACUGCUGGGGCUUCUUGUAUGCUGUUUGUAAUCCAAAUCUGCAUAGAUUGCUAGUUCAUUGCUGAAAAGCCACGUCUACAGUACGGAGGCUUGCUAACGAAACUACAGUGACAAACGCCUCGUAAGGCGGAUGCAGCUUCCCAACUUGAAAGCACCUUUGGUUAGCGUAGUUUAUAGCAAGCUUCGCCCCAGGGAACAAGCUAUGCCAGAAAAAAUGCUUUUGUACUGGUAUUAACGACUUCACACAAGGCUUCUGUGGUGGUUUAGGGCUAGGGAGGAAUCAGCCCCAGCCUGUGUUGGCCAAAUGGUCAAGUGCAGGUUUGCCUUGUUUGUGAAUGCGUAUGACUCCUACUGCUAUUUAUUUUUUCUUGCUGUCACUCCCCGCCUUCUUCUGAAGAUAAAUAUCUGGUAAUUCAUGGACUUUGUAGAUGGAUACAGCUGCAGUGUAUUUGCUAGAGUAUCGCCUACUUCCUCUGCGGUCUUGUGCACAAGCGUGAAGUGUCUCAACAGCUAGGUAGGUACCAGGCCAGAUCUGUUACUGGUCUCCUGACUCACUGCAGUAUGGAGCUCAGACUACGUAGAAGCUUUGUGUUUAUAUAAGCAAAUCGGGCAUAUAUCCUGUUGUAAGACAAGAAUAUAGUUGAAAUCAAGUGGUUAUUUUAGUAGUAUUGCUUGAUUUGUUUCCAGACUAGGCAUCAAAAAUGUGUAUCUGUAGAUGCAUCUUAUGAGCAAAAUAGGUUGGAGAAUAGGAUAUUCAGGAGCAGGUACAAAAUACACUGUGGCUGCCUAGAAGCCACUCCAGGGAAGUGCUGUAUAUUUCAGAAUGAGCUGAAAGCGUUCAAUUAGAAGAAAACAGUAUAAUGAGACAGCAUCUGUACAAAAUAGGGCAAUUUAAAUUUGCUGUACAUUACUUUUAGUAAUACUUCAUUACAAACUUGACUUUAAACAAAUGUAUAAUUUAAUUCCUCAGUAAAGAGAUGCAAUAUGUGAAAUUUACGUAAAAUUACUUGAUUUCUGCAGUGAUAUUUUUAACUUUUUUGUACCAGCAGUGCUGAACAACUCAAAAGUUUUUAUUUGAAAAUGCUGCGUCUUAUCCAAAGACCUUUGAAAUCAAGGGAAGCGUUUGUAUUGUCCUGCAACUCAAUUCUUAAGGCAGAUUUUAUGGCAACGCGGAUCUUGUUGAUUGCUGGGCUCUGUUCUGAGGACCUUUGGCCCCAGUCUUCACAACCUUUCCUAUCACUGAAAUAACUGCUAUUCAGGGCAGCGAACACGAAGGCCAAGCUCCUUUUGAAGUCCUUAUGUGCCUAAAUGUGAUCUAUAGAAAGUUUUUUCAGCUUUUGUAACGAAUGGUAGGUGGAUGCAUAGUUACCUUCUGAGGAGCCAGGUCUCUUGUCCAAAUCCUCGGAUGUUUUCCGUGACGUUGUCCGUGCAGCGGAGACGCGCUGCUGCGUCAGCAGGACAGCCUGGAUUGGAGCUGAGGCCGAGGUGUGCCUUUGGGCUGCGACCUGUGUUGACUGUCACCUAGUUAAAACAGUUCUGCAGAAAACGUGGAGACGCUUGACAAGAGGAAGUGUGCCUAGGCACGAGCUGCUGUUACUCACAGCUGGAAGUGCAAAAGCAAAGACCACAUACACACCGAACUUGGGGGCAGGAAAUCUGUAUUCACAAGUGCCUAAGGGUAAACUGUUUUUAUUUCAGAUCCCUUGAAAAAUAGAAUCGCUGUUACACCUUCGCAUAUUCGUAUAGUUACAAUGGUGGGUUUAUGUGUUUCCUUCUCCUGUAUAAGGACAGUACUGCAAAAAUGUUUUGUCAUUUAGAAAAAAAACUUCCUUUCUUCCCACAACCAAGUUACGGUUCAGAGGAUCUCAUCCAAUUCCUUUUGUCUUGUAGGAAAAAAGUGUCUGUGUGAGGCACUGCUGCAGUAACGCUGUUGUGUAGAGACACGGUGUUGUGACAAGGCACGUAGUGUUGAGGUGGUGCUUUUGCUCUGUACGCAAGGAACUGGGGAACAAUGAGGCAAGGAUGUGGCUGGCGAGACAAGGACACUGUGUGCAGGUCUGCUGUUAUGGGCAGAGCUGUGAUUAUUUCACUCCUGAACAGUCAUUUUGGGUAUUCUUUUCACACUCGUGUUUGUAAACACAUGAGCUAUGGAUCUAGCUUUUGGACUAGCAUUGUGUAUAAUUAAGUUCUAAUGGUUUCUCUUAAAGGUAACUAUAUCAUUUUUAAAAACCUGACAAAAUAGCCCUUUUAAUGGAGUUAAGCUUGACUGAAAAAGAAAAAAAAAUCUAUUGCAUGGAAGAUCCCCUCAAGUUCAAGUAUACAUCUGUUUUGUUUCAUGCAUUCCAUUAUAUAUAGGAAUUUGCAUAGAAUCAUCUGUCCUAAUUUCUGUGCUAUGGCUAUACUUAUAUUUCUUUCUCCUUUACAGGAGAGGAAAGAGGAGUUAAGGGAAGAAGGGGACGGGGGUAGAGUUAGACCCAAGGAAUUGAGAAUGGAAUGCAAUGAAAUGGUGCAUAUAUGUAUCAAAAGAAAUCAGAUUGUAAAUGUGCAUCAUAAAUAAGGAAUAAUGAGUGAACAGUCCUUGCACUGUUUUCUUCCUUCAAUCUAAACUUAGUUCCAAGGCAGAGAAAGCACCAAGCAUUCAAAGAAUGUCCUUAGCUCAAAAUCAGGUUAAUUUGAAGGAAGGAAAAAAAAAAAGACAAUUUGACAAUUUCCCAUGUGUCCAUAUAAUUAAAUUUGAUAAUGUUGUUUAUAUUGGUGUAUGUGAUUAUUACUGCAAUACUGAAAGCACCUUUAUGCAUUUGUGAAUAGGACUGUAUGAAGGAAUUAUAUCCCCUAAAAUAAACAGUGUAACUCCUGUCAAUCAAUACAACAUGUUAAAAGCUUUUUAUAUUACCUCUGUUUUUAAAGGAUGGACUUUUCAGUACUGUUUCACACCUGUCAAAUGCAUAGAUGUUUGAACAGAUAAGAAACUCUACACACAAGAGAAUUUUAGAAAGCCCUGUUUGCACUGAAAAAUCAUCACAUUGAAAUUAUCCCUUUAAAAAAAUCAUGUUUCCUAAAAAUCUCUGUAUUAAUUGUAUAGAAAGCACUUUGUUAUUCUUUCUAAUAAAAAAUGUUGUCAUCAGUGAGAACUGAA